GUCGCUCACGUCGGACUGCAACAAAUUUUGGCAGGCUUCGAAUGAGGAGGAUUUUGAAAACUGUGAAGAGGAAGAAGAAGAAGAUGAAGAAGAAGAAGAACGCAAGCUGUGAAGAGGAGAUAGAUAGACAGAUAGAUAGAACGUGAGUUCGGCAUAUUCUCUUGCCGGCUUCCAAGUUCGUGUGCUCAAAUCCGAACUCUCUGACACACAGAUUUCUCUGUCUCUCUCUCUGCGACCGCUUGCCUCUUUCGUCCAAGCGUUUCAGCCCUAAUCCUUACUGCCAUUCCUGCUCCCAUGGGCUUUUCCGGCGCUUCGAGGCUUCUCUAAAUUGGCUCGAUUAUAAAAUGUAGCGUGUUCAGGAUUAGGCGAAGUGAGGAAGACGGAGAGGUGGCGAGAUGAGGAGAAUUCAAGUUGUCCUGAAGCUUGGAGGAUUGUUGGAGACUAGGAGCAGGGAAGGGCUAAGUAGAGUUUCUUGGAUGCGAUUCUAUUUGCUUUUAUUUAUUUAUUUAUUCUUUCUUUGGUUCGGGAUUGAUGCUUCUUCGCUAGUGGCAGGGUUUAAGAGUGGCUUGCAGUGCAGAAUGCACGUAGUGUUGAAUUUGGAGCCGUUCCAAUUUCGAUGGUAGUCUCGAUCAAACAUCGAUUGGCGGGGUGUUUUGCUUGGUUUUCGUGAGUAAUGCACUGUAUCUGCUGGCUGAAGCAUUUACACCGAGCUUUUGUUACAUCCUUGGUAUUGGUCGCAUGCUACAGCAGCUCGUACUGCUUUUGAACGAAUGAAAUGGUUCUGGACUUGUUGGCUUGAUCCUUUUGGCCACUUGACAAGAGCGUUCUAAUCUACCCGAGGAAUUUCUUCUUCAUAUUACAGGUUGCAGUUACUCAGCUUUCUUUUAAUAAGUACAGAAUUAAACUUUCAAGCCAUGUUUCUCAACACCAGAACUUAAUGUUCCUGCAAAACAAAUAUGACUCGUCCCAAGAGGGCAUCCACGUUCAGUGUGAAAGACAUUCAGGAUAGCGGAGAGACAGCUGAACUUGUCAUUGUCGCAGAUUCCAUAGGGCAAAGACGUAGAAAAUGCAGCAAAUUCUCUGAUCCUGUAGAUAAAAGGAACAACAUUUCAUUGAAUGAAUCGCAUAAUACAAAGAGUAGGCAUCACAAGGGUGGAGGCGACGGAAGUGAAGGCUCUCCACAGAAUCUUGAGGAAGAGAAGCCUUCACGUGAAAACCGUCCACGUCAGAUGGCCGCUUCAGCUGCACAAAACGAUCCUGGCAACGAUUGUCAAGGUUUUGUCAGCUUAAAUAGCCCGUACAGAGAUGUGGAUGGUCUAAGAACAAGGCCAGAAAUACAGAGUAGCGUUUGCACGGGGUUGAGCACUCGUUCUUCUGUCAGUAAGUGGAUGUCCUUGACGGCUAUCCCAGAUCUCAAUACCCCAAGUUUACCAACUCCAUCGUCACCAGUAAAUCUCUUACACACAAGCUCUGCAUCGAUAGGAGAGAAAUUAGAAGUAUUUCGCGGCAAGUCUGCUAGGCCAAUUCGAGCUGACCAACUAAGGUGUUGCAGUAUAUGUUAUAGGAAGUUUUCUAACCUGUCCAGUUCUCCUCGAAAUACUCCGUUCAUGUGUUCUGCUUGCUGGAGAAAGAAGAAAUCUGCGGACCUUUCUUUUUCUUUAAGCUCUAACUUUCAGGCUUGCGCUGUAAAGUCACCUAUUACUGGUCCAAAGCAAGAGAAUCACAUACAGGAAGCUAUAGGGAGAACCCCCGAUACUGCUUUUGAGAUUGAUUCUUCUGAUGAAGAGGAGGGAGCAGCAAACGCCACUGGUCCAGCAGUCAACCGAUGCCAAUCUGGCUUGCGAUCUGUAGCGAAAUGGAUGGAGGACUCCAAAAUCGCAUAUCCAUCCAGGACUGAUCCAGAGGCAGUAGAAAUUUUGGCUUCGGAUAUUCAACGACUGGAACCGUUGGAAUUUUUGAAUGACACGAUUAUUGACUUCUAUAUCAAGUAUAUUCAGAUGGAGUUCCUGAAUCCGGAAAGUGGUCGACGUUUUUACUUCUUCAAUAGCUUCUUUUAUAAAAAAUUAAGUGAUGUUGUUGGUAAGAAGGUAUGCCCGAAGAAGAAGAAAAAAAAUCCUGGCUUUUCUAAGGUACGAAAGUGGACAAGAGGCAUUAACAUUUUCGACAAAGAUUUUCUAAUUAUUCCAGUUCAUGACAGGUUGCAUUGGAGUCUAGCAAUCAUUUGCUUUCCCAAUCACGGACCUGGCAGUGCUAGUCGCAGUGAGCGCUGCAUUUUGCAUCUUGAUUCUAUGACUUGUGGGCACGAGAGUCUUUCAGUAUUUCGUUUGCUUCGUAGGUAUCUUGUGGCUGAGUGGAAAGAUACUUUUGGGGGAAUCGAAUCUAAAGAGAAUGAUAAUAUCGACUCAUUUACAUGUAAUGAAAUUCCAGGCAGGAAAGUGCCGGUACCACUUCAAGAGAAUGAGUCAGACUGUGGGCUUUUCCUCCUGCACUACAUACGAAAAUUUGUGGAAAGUGCUCCUAGUACAAUGAAAGUAAGCGACGUGGAGGAGAGAUUAGAAGAUUUAGGGUUGUUUGGUCGUCAAUGGUUUUUUCCUAUUGAAGCAUCGAGUCUGAGGACUUCCAUUCAGGAACAACUUCAGAGGCUUUUUGCCGAGAAUGAAGGCGCAUUAGACACGUCGAGCUAUAUCAAUCUAGAGGCUACCGAUGUUUGUAGACCACGGAACCUGGAGGCUGAAUUCGGGGAGGAGCUAAUUUAUCUCACGCGAAGUGGUUAAAUCAUUAGGCAAACUACUACAAAAAUGUUUACACGGGAUCAUAAAAUGUGACCUGACCUAGUAUUUUCUACGAAAAUUUUAGGCUUCCAGUCUGGCAAAGGUGAUUAUGUCGCUGCAAUUGGUAGACACAGGAAGGUCUGGCAUUAUAUUAGCGGGAACUUUUAUAUCACGUGAACUUCAUGUUUGUAUAUGAACUCAUUAGCUCCAUAUUUAUGCCUAGAAAUAUAUUCACUAAAUCACAUUUUCAUUCAGCAAGAA